AUGGCUGAAAACGCAAUCGCCUUUGACUUCAUCAUCAUCGGAGGUGGAACUUCCGGGCUUGUUGUUGUCAACCGUUUGUCAGAGGAUCCAACAGUAAAUGUGUUGGUUCUUGAGUCUGGUAAAAACUACCUCGGAGAUCCUAGAGUUAACAUGCCCGCUGGUUGGCCCGCACUUUUGGGAACAGAGGCAGAUUGGAAUUUUGUAACUACACCACAGGAAUCACUUGAUGGCAAGAUUAUGGGAAUUCCCCAAGGACGAGCGCUGGGCGGGUCCAGUGCAAUCAAUUCGUCUGUUUUCAUGAUGCCAUCUCAGGUGGGUAUAGAUGCAUGGGCGUCCUUGGGCAAUUCUGGCUGGGACUGGAAAACUUUGGCGCCAUACGUUCGCAAAGUUCAUACUUUAACCACACCAUCGGAGGCUGAUGUGGAACGCCUUGGACUCCAAAACAAUUAUUCUGCAAAUAUACCGUCUUCUGGUCCCAUUCAAGCCUCAUUCCCACCUGCUCCUGAGAAUCAGUUUCCAAAAGUAUGGAACGAAACUUUCAAGAACCUUGGCUAUGGCUUUAGCGGUGAUGUCUCUGACGCGCGUGCUUACUAUGAGCCUGUCGUUCACCGAACCAAUUUGGUCGUUCUUACUGAAGCCACCGUCACCAGAAUCAUUCUAGAAGGAGAAUCACUACCAUUGAUAGCAAUGGGGGUUGAGUUCUCUCAUGAGGGGAGCAUUAAAAGUUUAAAAGCUUCAAGAGAGGUCAUUCUCGCGGCUGGUACGCUCCAAUCUCCUAAGCUUUUGGAACUUUCUGGUGUCGGAUCUCCUGAAAUUCUCCGUAAGCAUGGGAUAACUGUGCGCAUUGAGAACCCCAACGUGGGAGAGAAUCUUCAGGAUCACAUCAUUAGUGGCACCAGCUUCGAAGUCAAUGACGGGGUUGAAACUAUUGAUGAUCUUGCCCGAGGAAAUCCAGAAGCUUUGGGCAAAGCGAUGACUGAAUAUAUGACCUCACAGUCUGGGCCAUUCGGUCGUGCUGCUGUCAUGUCUACCUCAUUCGUACCUGUUGAUGACUUCCAAACCAAGGAGGGUCGAGAUGAGCUAGAAAAUUUGCUAGAAGCAUACCCAUCAUCUGCGAGUGAUCGUCCUCACCACGAAUUCGUCCGCUCCCUUCUUAGAAGCCGAGAGCAAGGCAAUGGCAUGAUAUUUAUGUAUGCUGCCCAAGGAAACUUUGGGGCUAAUUUUCCAAAAGAGCUAGUUGUGGCUGAUAUGCCAGAGAAUUUUGUCACGAUAAGCGCUUUGCUCUUGAAUCCGCUCAGCACUGGAUACGUGCAUAUUUCUUCUGGAACUCAUGUUGAAGCUCCUGAAAUAGACUUCAAAUAUCUCAGUAACCCCCUCGAUCUUGAAGUGCUGGCUCGUCACCUUCGUUUCGUUGACAAGCUUGCAACAACCGAACCACUUGCUUUAUUGCUCAAGCCCAACGGAAAACGCAACAAGUUAUGCACUCCCUGGAAUGACUUGGACGAGGUUAAGAAAUACGUCAAGGAAACGGGUAUGUCAAAUUGGCAUCCUGUUGGAACCUGCUCCAUGCUGCCUGAGAACAAAGGGGGCGUAGUUGACAAUAACCUUAUCGUGUAUGGCACUAGUAAUUUGCGUGUAGUAGACGCAAGCAUCAUGCCCGUUGUACCUAGAAGUAACACCCAAACUGUUUGUUUAUGCUGUUGCUGA